AUGGCGCAGUCGAAGAAAAAGAGAACGUCGGGUAUGUUUGACUUCGAUAAUAUGCUAUCAAAGUUUGAAGAGGAAAAGAGAAAUCUCAAUACUGUUCGUGAGCGGCUGAAAGCUGUGAACGAAGUUGACCUAGUACGAUUAAUGUCGGACGCGUGUGUGCUAAUGGAGGACGAAGCUCUUCAGUUGUUAGCUGCUAAACUUUCAAUCGAAGGACUGUUGAACCUACGUAACGCCGUUCAACACGUUCCAAAGAAUAUUCCACGUGUUGUGAACGGCGUCUCUUUGCGAUCAACUUUCAUGUUUACGACGUUCAAGAGUUUGCCUUUACAGCAUAUGGGGAUUAAAAAUAUGUCGAUGGAGGACUUCCAGACGUAUGUAAAGUUUGUGGAAACCUACUGCCCCAUCUUUCUUUCUGAGAAGAAAGAAUGUGAUAAUCUGUGGAAGCUUACACAAGCGCAGGACUUGCCAUACAAUAAAUUUUUGACACCACCUGUGGCCAGAUGCGUUCAAUGUCAGAAAGAUCUCACUGUACGAAAUAAUCCAUCGAAAGCUAAACUAUUCACGUUAGAAGGACCCAUACCAUGCACGAAAAUUACGUUAGAAUGUAGAUGUUGCGCUUACGUGUAUGGAAUAUGCAAUUACAGUGACGAAUCAGGAUCUCGCUUUUACCCGUCUACAUAUAACAUUGAGCUCAUCGAAGUAAGCAAUGUGACCUACUUUGAUGUAAAACUAUACAAGUGGUUUCCUUCUUUGAGGUGAGCAAACCUAUAUUUAUAUGACUAACCAUGAUUAGAAUAUUAGGAGCUAGUGGCUAUAUUAAUAGGAGCCGCUGACUUGUCCUGGCUAGCCGAGCUGGGACAAUUUUACCAAUACCAGGGCCUGAGAAUACAAGCAAAAAAUCCUGUACCUUGGGACCAAUGCUAAAUAUAUAAUUACUGCAAUCAACACCAUUUACACUGUACAACAAUUAUUCAUUGUUGAGCAUUUUCAAUCUUAUUAAUUAAUGAGGUUGGUACAUGUAAUCAUUAAAGCUGGGUCAACUUGACUGCAAGUUGCCCAAUCGUACAACAAUAUUAAGAAGUGUAGUAUUCAAAAAUCACUAAAAAGUAUUCAAAAAUCACUAAAAAGUACUAAAAAUGAUUUUGCUGCUGCCAAACUGCUGUGCUUAGUGUGCUAAAUUGAUAUUUGAAAUAAAAAACAUGCACAUACAAGGGGUGUUUAUAUGGAGGCACACAAGGGGUGUUUAUAUACACAGGCUAAGGCUGAUUUGCUGAGAUCUUAACAUUUGUUGAUUAUAAUCUUUUAUUAAGCAAUCACUGUUGGGUUUCAUUCAGUGGGUUUGCUGAAGCCUAUAACGAUGUUCAUGAAGUCCAAAUUAGGCAAUAUGGGUCAAGCAUGUCCAGAUGCAUAAAUGAUAUAGAUGAUGGACUUGGAGGUAAAUAUCUUCUUUUAAAAGUAGUUUUUUAGUAUUUGAACAGUUAAAAAAGGAAUGCAUAGGGUAAAAUAGUUUUACUUGGUCUGGUGAAUCAUAACCUGCACAUAUGGGUGUAUAUCAUAUCAGUUACUAGGUAGUUGAAAUUUUAAAAAUCACUGGAAAUUCAGACUGAUAUAAAUUUCUUGAAAUCUUGUUAUUGAAGCAGUUAUUAAUAGACCCGGUUGUUUUAAUUGACAAGAUUACAUAGUGUUAUUGUGUGUUAUUGUCAGAUUGUGUGAUUGUCUAGCAGACGGAAUCUUUGUUUGCAUGUGUCAGGCACAAGCCGCUGCUGCAGCGUCAGCCGCAAGCUUGACAUUUAUUAAACUACCAUACAUUACAAUUGCUCGCUACAUAAUUACUGUAACAAGUACAUGUACAUAUACCCAAUCCAAACCCGUAAACAGGCUGGGUGGGUGGGAUACUGUCAAGCUACGUUGAGCAACAACAAAAAUAUGCUCAACUAACCUGCACCACCCUAUAACAGCCUGAUUUCAUCAGGCCCUAGCAGUGUGCGAGAAAACAUUUUCCACUUCUUUUGUGCCUCAGCCAGCGGAAAAUAAUGCAUAUUUUGUUAAAAAGAUUUGCAACAAUAAAGGAAGAAAUAUUCAAAUUGAGCCCUGAAUCCAUAAAUGAGCAAUCAAGAGCAGACUUCUUCCUGGAGAUGUGAUUUUGAUGUAUUGAAAUAAGUUGCGGUGCACGAUUCAGCUAAAGUUUUAUUUUAUUUUAUAUAGCUUCUCUCCACAGGGGCAGGGGCACCACAAAACGUACAUUAUUUUUCUAGCGAUAACUGUAGAUUACAGUAUAAUAAAUUGUGAAUCAAAGGUUGUUCAAGCAGCUAUAAUAAUCCUCUUGAACUAUGUCAUUUUCUCAACAACAUUUGAGUUCUUUUAAAUUAACUGAAGUUUGAACUUCAUUUAAGUUUCGUGACUUACUUCAAUAUGUGCAUCAAACUCAUCCACCUUCCAUCCUGUCCUGGCAAUCGGGGGUCAUGUAAACAGUCUCUUAGUGUCCUAUGGGCAAUGGGAUCAUAUACCACAAAUUUCAAACUUUGCUUAUGCUACUAUUUAUGUUUUAGGUGAGCCUGAGUUAGAAAAUAAGAAUUAUCCAGAAGAGCUAGACAAAAAUUUAGGUAGGUUUUUUUGGGGCCAUAUACUGUACUGUAUAUAUGGGACAAAGUAAGUUGCAACUUACAUACAGUAAGAUGCAAGCUUGACCUUUUAUAUGAGUGCAUAUAAAAGUUAGCUUUGGUAUUAGUGUACAUGUAUGGUAUUGUUUUACUGUCGGUAGGCUGGGGCGGUUUUUAGGUAUACCGGAAAAUACCAUGUGUACAAAUAUUCCCAGUGUUACAGUAUGACAACCACAUUUUCUUUUAAUAGGUGUUUUGCCAGGUGAAUUGUCACCAAAGGCAAUUUCACAGUGUUUUUGGCAUAGGGAAGUGGAAGAAGAACUUGCUUCUCAUGGUUUAAGGGAAGAAUGGAUAUUCUCCUCAAAGGAACACGGUCCAACAUGUGGAACAUAUGAAAGUGCAAUGGAGGUGAUAGACAAAAAACGAUGUGAACAUCUGUACAUGCAUGACUGUUCUGACCAGUGUAAAAGUAAAGGUAAGUAAUCUAUAUUGCAUGCAAAUAACUAUUGCAGGAUUUGUGAACUGAAAAUAAUUAAUUAAUGUAUCAGUAUGGGUUAGGCGUAAACUGUGGUUCUGGUUUACGACCGACCCUAUUUUUUCUGCUGACCCUAUUAUUUUUUUAACACGAUUGACCGUGCGACCCUAUUUUCUCCAGGUGGUUGCGGGCUGCUCAUACAGCAUGCCAAAAUGGCGUUUAUUGUCACACUAUAAUUAUUGAACCAAAUUGCCUAAAUUUAUUGAACCAAAUUGCCUAAUUUUGCCCAUAGGAAAUACGCAUCUCUAGUUAACCCAUUGAGCUGCAAUGCGCCCCAGUGCGCCCUACUUUUUUUUACUUGUCUAACAUAUGCCAGACGAUUUUACGUGGCAAUGGGGAAGCUCUGCAGCUUAACGGGUUAACCAAAAAAUCUGACAAUGUCUCCAGUUAACCCAUUGAGCCGCAAUGCACCCCAGUGAGUCCUUUUUUUUACUUGUCUAAUGCCAGACGAUUUUACUCGUCAAUGGGGAAGCUCUGCAGCUUAAUGGGUUAAUAUUGAUGUCGGGACUCUAGUGCAAAUUACCCAGCAAAAAACUGCCAAAACCAUGAAAAAAAUAUUUUAAAAAAACUUUAUUUCCGACCUACCGACCCUAAUUUUUUCACGAUAUGAAACCGGAACCACAGAUUUUUUUUUACGCCUUACUUUAAUUUUCUUAUGGUCAUGCAAGUAUCUGUGAUUGUUAUUCUGCACUAGUUAGUUCCACUGGUUUCCUUAAAUAUUAUUAACCAUAAUUUUCAUUCUACUAUUUGGUUGAUGCCCUGCAUUUUGGUUGAUGCCCUGCACAUACACUGUUUUGACAGUGUUUUUAAAUUAAAGCAUUUAAGUUGCAGAUUUGGCCAUUCAUUACUUUGAGACAAUAUGACAAAUUUCAAUCUAAUCAGCCAAUCACAUUUAAAUAGACAACUGAACUAUUAGAAUUAGACAAUGUUUUGUAUGUGGACAUUGCUGUUACACUUUAAAAUUUCUUCAAGGAAAGAUCACUGACACUAAAAUAAACUAAUUUCAAACCCACUUUUAUUCAAACUACUGUAUAUUGAGUGAUGUAAACUCAACUGGGGGCAGUAAUAAAUACUGUACACUACUUUUUAGGAUGUGGCCAAUUGUAUGUAGCAGACGGAAACUGGAAACUCCGAUAUGCCCACUGUAUGUGGAAAGUUCCAGUCCUGAUAAGUGGUUUUGGGAAGAUCAAUUACCCGUCCAUUUGCCCUCUUUCUCCAAGACGUGGUCACGCAUUUUGUGAAGCACACUGUGUAAAAGCAAUUCAGCUUGGUUUUCCAACUGAGUUGAGGGAAUUCUACAAAAGUUGUGGUGUCAGUGAUAGAAAUAUCAAUGAAGGUUUGUGAUUCCAUAAUAGAAACAAGUUAAAUGUGUAUAUGAAAAUACUAAGUCAAUAUAAAUCAUCUUUGCAGCUUUGGAAGAGAUGUCAUCAAAGGCAUUGUUGACAGGUAAUUAAUUAAAUCAAGCAUACAGACUACAGUAUAUUUACACACAACAAGUUGUUUGUCCAUUUCCACAGCCUAUGCUGGAAACCCCUUAGGAGAGUGUAUUCAAUACUCACUUUUAAUUAAGUACUGUGUUAAAUAUUUUUUAGAAUCUUCCUAUGAAUCAGUCGCUAACUGCCUGGAUGAAUUCGCUAAGCAAAGUGUUGAUGAAGACGCAGUUAAUGCUUCCACAUUUCAAGGUAUUAUAUCCUCAGUGUAUCUCUUGAGACAAAAUAAUAAGGGUAUUUUCAAUAUAGCUUGAAUGCAAAAAACUCAAAACUGUUUUGAUAUUUUUUUUUAUUAAUUAACCUAUUUUAAUACUUUACUCUGCCUAAUGCCAGAUGCUUUUAUUUGUCAAGGGGAGAAUGCUGCCACUCAAUGGGUUACUGUCAUUCCAAUUGAAGUGUUGCUCAAAUAUUGAUUCAAUACAUUACCUCAGGCUGACCAAUUCAUUUGAUCAAGUUCCUCGAGAUAUUCAUACACUUCCUGUGAAAGAGCCAAUUCCAAGAAUUUGAACAUUUCUGGUCACUUCCUUUCUAUUUAUGAUUGGUUAGUUGCACAAACAACAAAGGUGAUUGGUGCAUUCAAACAUUUCAACAGGAAGUUUACAAUUAUACUAGGAAGUGUGUGAAUAUUUCGAGGAACUUGAUCAAAUGAAUUGGUCAGCCCGAGGUAAUGUCACAGAAUAAGCCACACAGAAGGGCCACUUACGUCGGAAGCUUUGAAGUUUCUGUCACCCUGGCCGCCAUCUUCCUAGCCAGUCGAUUACAUUUUCUGGCCAAUAAACGCGCUGUAUUGGCUGGCCGCCAUCUUCCUGGCCAGUCAAUUGCAUAUUUUUGCAUAGAAAAAUGGGGACACGUUGCACGGCUGAGUGGCCCUUCUGGUACUGAUCUUUAUUCUGUGGUAAUGUAUUGAAUCAAUAUUUGAGGAACACUUCAAUUGGAACGACAGUAAGACUACAUGAGAAUGAGAUUCAUUGAAGUAUAAGGGAUGUUAAUGUUUCUUCCUUUGUAUAGCUUUUUAGACAUUUGGUUACCAAUUACAAACAUGCCAGAAUGUUUUAUCUUCCAGUAUGCAUAUUUAACUAACCAUACAGCUAAAAGAGAUAAACAAAUUAUCAAAAGGCAUAAAUUUCAAAAUAUCAAAUAUUGUGAAACUCAGAUAGACACAAAUUAAAGGGCUGUUCACUAACAAAGGAAAGAGUUAGUGUAAUAGUGUAGCAAAGUGUUUCCCAACAUGAAUGAUUAGGUCUGUUAUUAUUUUGUAUGAUUAUGAUUGGAAAUAUUUUGUUUGUGUUAAUGUUUAAGGGACAGCUGAUUUUCUUAAAACCAACCCUGGAUUUGUUGAGGACCAAUCAUUAGUGGAAGAUAUUUCUUGUAAUAAGGACACUGGUGGUUUGAAAGCCUUUCAUUGUUGGUCGAGAGGAGUAUUUUUCAUUGUCAGUGGGGGAGGACACAUUGAAUACUGGCAACCACUAUACAGGUAUAAACUGAUUAUUCUGCAUGUUUAGGCAUAUAUCAAAAUAGAGUUACUUGUUCGUGAACUGUGGGUUGGGUUUUGUGGAUCAAUUCAAGAAGUAACCUGGAUAUACUGUAGUUCAUCUCUGUAUAAUUAAUUAUUAAAAUAGACUUCAAAGUUUGUUCAUAUCAUUAAUCUGCAUGUGGUCAUUUUGGGGGGAAACUUUAGUUUGUAAGCAGCAUGCCUUUAGAAUUUGUUUUACAUGUAUUUAUUACAUGUAUGCGGCUAAGUCAGUUUGUUAAUUAAAAAUGUUAUGUUAGAAAUGACAGAGAAAUUGACAAGCUAUAAUUGUGUCAAAUUAGUCAGUGAGCCGCAAAACAAAAGAUUUUCUACUUAUGGGACAUGUACGAACAAGUUACAACUAAAUUUUAAGUUUAUUCUUCAGAGCUAAAAUGGUUAAAUUGACGCAGCAGAGAAUAUUUAUGUUUUACAUUACACGAAGUGCAGAAUGCAUUUCGAGAAAGGUUUUCGAUUGUAAUCCUCCUUAAAUUUAUGAGUAAAAUAAUAAGUAAAUGUUGAUAUUUUUGAAAUACCAGGGUCUGUAUUGUAAGACAUAUUUUUGUCACAUACAGCAUCAUUAACUCAAAGCAGUUUAGAACAAUCAGUCACUAUACUUAUUGCUAAUUUGAAUUUGAAAGCCUUCACUAUUUUUGUACCCACUGUAGAACACUGUAAUCACUCUAUUAAUAAUUAAGCCCCUCAAGCCUAGCAGGGGGAAUGAUAUUUUUCAAGCACUUGGGGGGGGGGGGUAAUAAAUUUCUAAACCUAAAUUGGAGGAAGGCUUAAUAUUAUAAAAAGGGGCGUAAAUUAAUAAAGAAUAUGGUAUGAAUUGAAUAUUGAUAUUUAAUUUAAUUAAUGUAACUGUAUAUUUAAAAAAAUAUUAAUUUUCUCAGAUCUGAAUCUCCAACCCAAGCGUUUCUGGUGACAAUACUGUGGUUGUAUCGGAAAUUCAAGAAGUUGCAAGAAGAAGGGCAAUGUGAUGAGUCUAUCUGUGAUGCAAUGUCAUCUGUGUGUCUAGCAUAUGACAACAUGUGUCACAUGGAUAGUCUUUUAAUUGCACGAGACGAUCUUCCACUGCCAAAACCACUUAACAAAGCUUGGAAAUUGAUAUCUAAGGUGAUAGACAGGCUGCAUCUUAGAAAUCAUGUCGACAAGAAGUGCCAAGAGCUGUACAAUCCAGAUGACAAAUUACCAAAACAUUUUAACACUAUGGCAUGUGAACAAACAUUCAUCUGGGCCAGUCGGUUCAAGAAGGUGAUUUGUGCCAUGCCACAAAUCCACCAAUUUUUCUUUUUACACAGGCUGGUUAAGUAUCGCAACAAGUAUACUGAAAAAUGUCACCGGAAUAGCAAAACACCCAUUCUCCCUAAAUUGGGAAAAGCUGCUGGUUGUUAA